AUGGACUUCCCAACUCCGAGAAAUAUCACCGAUGUCAGAUCUUGGUUCGGUUUAGUAAACCAAGUAUCGUAUGCUUUCAGCAUGACAGACAAAAUGCUACCAUUCCGAGAGUUAUUGAAACCAGGUACACCGUUCAUCUGGGAUGUCAAUAUUAAUGCACUCUUCGAGGAAUCUAAAACUGCCAUUAUCAAUGAAAUUGAAGAAGGCGUGCGAAUCUUUGACAAGACAAAACCUACAUGUCUCGCCACUGAUUGGUCGAAGUCAGGAAUCGGGUUCUGGCUGUUCCAGAAACAUUGCAACUGUCCGGACAACCAGCCAUUUUGUUGUCGCACCGGUUGGAAGGUAACACUUGUCGGGAGUAGGUUCACGCAUGCAGCUGAGUCUCGAUAUGCACCAGUGGAAGGUGAAGCGUUGGCAGUUGUCGAUGCUCUUGAUAAAGCAAGAUACUUUGUUCUUGGGUGUGACGAUCUUGUAAUAGCAGUUGACCAUAAACCCCUGUUAAAAAUAUUUGGUGACAGAUCAUUGGAGGACAUUUCUAACUCACGUCUCAGAAACUUGAAAGAAAAGUCCCUCCGCUAUCGAUUCCGCAUGAUUCAUAUUCCAGGGGUCAAGCAUCUCGCUGCAGAUGGAGUAUCACGUCAUCCAACCGGAAAAUCUGAAAAGCUAUCGCUUCAAGAUGAUAUUGCAUCAAUUAACAAUGUACCUUCUCUGAGACAUGUUCUCCUACCUACAUUGCCAUCAACAUAUUCUAUUCUCAAUGACAAUGAUGUGGAUACCUGUAUCUCCGCUUCAGCCGUAUGCUUACUUGACUCACUUGCCGUGAAAGCAGUCACCUGGGACAGAGUUCGCACUGCCACAAGUAGUGACGAUAACAUGCAUGAACUCCUCAACCUUAUAGAAUGCGGAGUACCUGAGUCUCGCAAAGAAUUUCCUGCACAUCUUCGUGAGUAUUUUCAAUUCCGUGAGCAUCUCUACACAGUAGAUGGUGUAAUACUAUACAAGGAUCGUGUAGUUAUUCCUCCAGCUCUCAGACAAGAAGUUCUUGCAGCUCUUCAUUCAGCACAUCAAGGAAUUACCUCCAUGGUAUCGCGAGCAGAGUCCUCCGUGUUUUGGCCAGGGAUCACACCUGCUAUAACAACCCUUAGAGCUGGAUGCAAUCACUGCAAUCGUAUCGCACCUUCGAAUCCUAGUGCUCCGCCUACACCCCUAAUAUCUCCAGACUACCCAUUCCAAUGUGUUUGUGCAGAUUAUUUUCACCAUCAAGGUGUUGGAUAUUUAGUUAUAGUUGAUCGAUACUCGAACUGGCCCAUAGUUGAACGAUCUUCGAAUGGUGCAGAGGGCCUUAUUACUUCACUACGCCGAACAUUUGUGACAUUUGGGAUUCCGGAUGAAUUGACAUCUGAUGGCGGACCUGAAUUUACGGCAACAACAACCAGACAAUUCUUAAAAGAUUGGGGAGUCCAUCACCGCCUUUCCUCUGUGGCUUUCCCACACAGUAAUUGCAGAGCUGAAAUAGGUGUCAAAACUGUCAAGCGUCUAAUAGCCGACAACACAGGUAGAAACGGGGAUCUCAACACCGAUGCAUUUCAACGUGCGAUGCUCCAGUACAGGAACACACCUGACAGAGACACCAAGUUAUCUCCUGCUACAUGUGUAUUUGGUCAUCCCAUCAGAGACUUCAUUCCUGUUCCGCCCGGCAGGUACCGUCCCCAUAACACAUGGAAGGAAACACUUGAUGCAAGAGAGGAAGCUUUAAGACAUCGCCACCUUAAACAGGGAGAGCGCUUAUCGGAGCACACUAAAAGACUACUCCCACUCUCUGUAGGCGAUAGGGUUCGCAUCCAAAAUCAAACAGGACAUCACCCUCUUAAAUGGGAUAAAACUGGCGUUAUCAUAGAAGUUCGCCAAUUCGACCAAUACGUCGUUAGAGUUGAUGGCUCUGGUAGGGUCACACUAAGAAACCGAAAAUUUUUGAGACAAUAUGUGCCUGUCAGAAGUUUGCCAGAAGUCCGUACAAUUAAGGAUGAUGAAACUUGGAAUCAGUUUGUACCUCUUGUCAGCCCUCAGACAACUAAAGCGUCUGAGACCAUUGUGAAACACAACCAGGACACUAUUCCAACAACGCAAAAUCCGAACACAUAUUGUACCCUCCCAUCAACCACUUUACCUUCACCAAGUGGUCACACCCAUAACACUCAUUUGGAUGUUGAUGCCCCGGAAUGCCUUCCAGCUGAUCUCGGCAACACCAAAAAUCAUCCAGCUGAGAUCCCACCUCCCAGUGAUAGCACAAACUCUCCAUCACAGGUCACCUCCAUGCCAAAUUUGGAGCAACGCAAAUCUAGUCGUACCCGUCAACCACCAAUAUGGCACCGUGAUUUCGAGAUGAACUAG